AUGGAAAACCUCGACCAACAGCGCUACGCUAAACGAGCCCGCUACUCUACCGUUCUUGCUGACGAGCCCAACGACUUGGACUCGAACUCACUUAUCUACAACUCCUUUCUCGCUUCCGAAAAAUCUGAAGUGAUUGUGACGAUAACACACUUCUCGCCGUCUGAGUUCAACCUAAUUUGGAGAGAGGUGCGCCAGUACGUCUUCCGCCAUUGGAAUGCCGGCUGUGGACAAAAGUCGAUGGUAUCUGCUCGCGGCCUGCUCAUGAUGCUGUUCACGUCGUUGAAGCACUCCGGUACUUGUGACGUCGGUGCAGCCGUAUUCAAGCAAAAGCCGAGGACAUUCGAGAAGCGCGUCAUGUCCUUCCUGACCGUUCUCCACCCAUACCUCAUGCGAACGUUCAUUGCGGCUGUCGAACAAAAGUGGCCAAUGAAGGCGCACGCGGAGUCAGGGCAUAGAUUCAAGAACUUUACGGCUGCUCGGUACGCCACGGACGUCACGUUCCACGGCAAACACUCCCUGGAUGAACACAAGGUCGAAGUGUCCAUGGUACCGAAUGGCUUCGCGAUUGACUGCACCAAGUUUUACAAGGGCAGCGUGUCGGAAAAGACAAUAUUCGACGAGAACAUCGACCCUCACUUGGCCAAGCUGGCAAAGCGCACAGGUGAGAGAACGCUUAAAGACUCGGAGCCCGGCAUGGAGCAAUGGGCCGUUCUAGCUGACAAAGGCUACCAAGGUAUUCGGCUCAACCAUCGGGCGGUGCUGCCGUUAAGAAGUCGCGAUCGCGUUAUCAUUGAGAACUACUUUGGACAGUUGAAGACACCCUGGGCCACAUUUAGCGACACGUACCGUUGGAGCCGCAUGAGCUGCGACAUCGUGUUGAAAGCAUGUUUGGCCCUGACUAACGUCGAUGUCCGUAUCCAUGCUCUGCGUGCAGAAGAUGUUGAUGUCAAUGCCCAGUACAUCGGUCGACGCAAUCGGCGCAAAGAUCUUCAAGACGAAGAAAGACGCUGGGAACGCCGACACCGAACUUGGCUCUGA